UAACACGUCUUUCUACCGUCGCAAAUCGCCGUUCUUCCAUUUUCUCAAUCAGGGUUUGUUUUCUCUUUUUCUACCCUUUUUCAGUUUUCGCUGCUUCAAAUCACUAAGCGAGAGGACGAGCCGUCUUCAACGCGAUUAUCUCCAUUUCCCAGUAGGGCUUGAUUUGUGUAUUCCCUUUCGCGCAAUUGGAGUUUUCUGCUCACACUUUAUACUCCGAGUGUAUGAUGGUGGGUCACAAACUUCUCAAAGAUGAAGCUACCGAAGAAAAGGGCGAGAGAGCAAGAAUGGCUUCCUUUGUGGGGGCAAUGGCAAUUGCCGACUUAGUGAAGACAACACUAGGGCCAAAAGGGAUGGAUAAAAUUCUACAGUCAACUGGAAGGGGUCAUAGUGUCACAGUUACAAAUGAUGGUGCUACAAUCCUCAAGUCCAUUCAUAUAGACAAUCCUGCAGCUAAAGUUCUCGUUGACAUCUCCAAGGUCCAAGAUGAUGAAGUAGGGGAUGGUACUACAUCAGUAGUUGUUUUGGCUGGUGAACUUUUAAAGGAAGCGGAGAAGCUCGUAAACUCAAAAAUUCAUCCAAUGACAAUUAUUUCAGGGUUCCGCAUGGCUGCUGAAUGUGCACGCAAUGCAUUGUUAGAAAAGGUUGUCGACAACAAACAUGAUGCAGAGAAAUUCAGGCUGGACUUGAUGAAGAUUGCAAUGACUACGUUAAGUUCCAAGAUUUUGUCUCAAGACAAGGAGCAUUUUGCCACGUUGGCUGUUGAUGCUGUCAUGAGGUUGAAGGGUAGCACCAAUCUUGAGUCAAUCCAGAUUAUUAAGAAGCCCGGCGGUUCACUUAAAGACUCGUUCUUAGAUGAGGGGUUUAUCCUGGACAAAAAAAUUGGAGUUGGUCAGCCUAAACGAAUUGAGAAUGCAAAGAUCUUGGUGGCUAAUACUGCAAUGGAUACUGAUAAAGUAAAGAUUUACGGUGCACGUGUUCGCGUUGACUCAAUGGCUAAAGUUGCUGAUCUAGAAACAGCUGAAAAGAACAAAAUGAGGGAGAAGGUGGAAAAGAUUAUUGGUCACGGAAUCAACUGUUUCGUUAACAGACAACUCAUAUAUAAUUUUCCAGAGGAACUUUUCGCCGAUGCUGGGAUUCUUGCUAUAGAACAUGCUGAUUUUGAUGGUAUUGAACGCCUUGCAUUGGUCACUGGUGGUGAGAUUGCAUCAACAUUUGACAAUCCAGAAUCAGUUAAACUUGGCCACUGCAAACUUAUUGAGGAAAUCAUGAUUGGCGAGGAUAAGCUAAUUCAUUUUUCUGGGGUUGAAAUGGGCCAGGCAUGUACAAUUGUCUUGAGAGGUGCAAGCCCUCAUGUUCUGGAUGAAGCUGAAAGAUCCCUGCAUGAUGCCUUGUGCGUUCUGUCACAAACGGUGAAUGAUAGUCGGGUAUUGCUUGGUGGUGGAUGGCCGGAAAUGGUGAUGUCAAAGGCAGUAGAUGAAUUGGCUAAAAAGACUCCUGGGAAAAGAUCUCUUGCCAUUGAAGCUUUCUCACGGGCACUUUUGGCCAUUCCAACAAUCAUUGCUGACAAUGCCGGUUUGGACAGUGCAGAACUUGUUGCACAGCUUCGUGCUGCACAUCACAGAGAUGGGUGCACUUCCGGGAUUGAUGUCAUCACCGGAACUGUUGGUGACAUGGCUGAGCUGGGCAUAUCAGAGGCAUUCAAAGUCAAGCAAGCUGUACUGCUCUCUGCAACCGAAGCUUCGGAGAUGAUUCUACGCGUGGACGAAAUUAUCACAUGCGCACCUCGCCGCAGGGAAGACCGAAUGUGAGUGGUCACAACUGGGAAAUGCCUCUUCUGCUUUUUUUCCUUCUGUUGAGUCAGUUUUGUACUUUGUCUCUCGUGGUCUUGUAUCAGCCUGCGACGUUUUAUUAGAAGUCUGUGAAUUGAAUCUUCAAACUCCAUUUGCUAGCAUCUCCCUUUGGGAACUGUUCCAAUGAUUCCGUAACUGCCUGAUGUGGUUUUCAUCAAAAUUUUCCCUCCGUAACUCAAUAUUGUACCUGUGGUUGCUUCUUAAUCAGUUCAAGGUCCUGUUUGGCAAUAUGAUUAUU